AUGUUCUCUCCAUCAGCCUCAUCAUCCCUUUACUUGUUCACCACAUCUCAGACACCCCUACCACCCCGUUAUCCUCAUCCAUCCAAACCGAAAUUGGUCCUUCCAUCUCUGGUUCAUCGUACAUUACACAACUCUCUAGAUGGGGAUGCACCAUCCCUAUCGUUCGAUCAAGGGAAUGGGAAGGGGACAGUGAUCAUACCUCAUCCAGAUGGGUUGGUCAAACAUGAUCUUCCCUCAUCCAACAAUUCAACCUCACAAUCGCAAUCGCACAACCCGAGCCCUAAUGGGAAUGAGAUUCCAGAGAAUGGGUUAUCAGACGAAUCAUCGAAAUAUCUGGUAGAUUCUGAACUCACUGUGAAAUUACACUUGGUAUCUCGUUCUUCACCUUCAAAAUACCUCGAAAGAGUCAAAGAGUCUUUGGGGAUAUUAGAGAAGUACAAAGGGCUGAGUAAAGAAAAGGUCGAUACGCUCUUGAUUGGAUUUAAAGGUGUGGAUUAUAAAGGCAAGAGAACGGAAACCGACUCAGACUUGACAUCACUAGCGGACGGGGACGGGGAAUAUACGAUUGAGAAACAGUUGGAAAGCACAAUACUGGAUGCUUGGAAAGAGAUGUUUGAAGAAAAAGGAUUGGUAGGGGAACAAACGAAAUUGGGUAGUUUGUAUUCCCCUUUAAACCUUUUGAAACAGUUGGUAUCUUCCUCUCAAGGGAAAGGGAAUGUAAAGGGGAUUAAGGUGAAUGCGCUGGAUACGCCAGACUGUCAUCAUUUGCCUAAAGAAUAUACGGGUUACGCGAGAGGGGAAGGAGUAGAGUUGUGGGCUGGAGGAGGAGGAGAAGGUUCAGAUCCAUUGCCUUCGCCUCAUCUUCAUAAUCUCCUACAAGAGUUCUCAAGUAAACUGUCGAGUCUGACCGGAGGUACGAUUGAUAGCAGCCUCUUAGGGAAGUUGAUAGGAGUUGAUGGAGAUGGGCUGAAAUUUGAGGAGAAGCGAGGUGCAGUGGAUGUGAGAUGGGUAUUGAGUUACACGCUCGUAUCGAAAACUAGAAAUGUCGUGAAAGAUAAAGGGUACAUCGUGGCUGCCGAUCUCUAUCCAUGA